UACUAUCAUUCAUUCCAACUCUAAGCAGUUUCACUCUUUACUACUACUACUACUACACUUCUUCACACAGAUAAUGGAAAAUUGCAGAAAGGUUAAUUACCCACAUCAAAAAACAUGGAAGAAAGGUCCGCCGAGAGGAAAAGGCGGCCCACUAAAUGCAUCUUGCGGUUACAGAGGUGUCCGUCAGCGAACAUGGGGGAAAUGGGUGGCAGAGAUCAGAGAGCCCAAGAAAAAAAACAGACUCUGGCUCGGCUCUUUCUCCACAGCCGAGGAAGCAGCCAUGGCCUAUGACCAAGCAGCCACAAGGCUAUAUGGUCCAGACACAUACCUAAACCUGCCUCAUCUCCAACCAAAAACAGCAACCAACAACAGCCCGAUUAAAUGGUUUCCAUCGACUUCAAAAACAACGCAUCUGCCUAGGUUUCACGCUACUACCACUCCAUGGCUCAAUCUUAGUGCUCAACCAAGUCUUCAUUCUAUUCACCAAAAGCUACAGCAGCUCAACAACAACAAAAUUGGGCUAAUUAAACAUCAGCAGCCACCUACUAUAACAACAACCCAACCAGAACCACCAACAGCUCAGUCUGAGGAAAAGCCUCAGAUUGAUCUUCAUGAAUUCCUCAUGCAGAUGGGAAUAUUGAAAGGAGAUGAUAACCAACAACAGCCUAGCGCUAAUUCACAUGGCAAAGAUGUGGUUAAUGUCCAGGGAAGACUCUAUGCCAUAGAGGAGAAGAGUUUCAAUUGGGAAACAUUGAUAGAUAUGCAUGAUGGAUUGAAUGAUCAAGACAAACAGAUUCAUAAUGAUCAUCUUCCUGAAGGAGGAGGAGAAGAAGAACAAGAUAGAUAUUUUUCCUAUACACUUCCCUGUUUCCAUGAAGAGCUAUCUUUUGGCGAUAAUUUAUGGAAUUUCUGUUAG